AUGCCUCCACUCUUCCGUCGCAAGAGCCACGUCGUAUGUUUCUUCUGCCAAAGCAUACCAGCACCCACUCCUGCCAACCCGCGCGCGUUCAAAUGCCCCCAAUGCGACUGCUGGAACCGCUAUGACUCGAAUGGAGAGCUCGUCUCGGACGAACCUGCCAUGCAUGAUGAAGCUCUCAACACCAACUCGUUCGCGAGGCGAGCCUCUGCAAGCAAGAACCACUUGCCCUCUGUCUACGGCACGACGAGGACGUCGUUCUGCCACACCUGUCAGACCAACCAGAUGCUCAUCGUCAACCUCCUGUCUAAUUAUCUUCCCUCUCCACAGCAUCCAGACUACGCCAGGAGGCUAGAGAUGCUCCCCGCGUACAAAGAGUCCCUGCACAUACGCUAUCCCCCCGUGUGCGAGGACUGCGCGCCCAGCGUCGAAGCCGAGAUCCAGCAGAAGGACCACAUGGCGCGGACAAGGGCUCUCGGGGGCUGGCUGAGACAGACGAGGGGCAAGGACAAGCAGCGGCAGGUCUCCAGCGCGGCGCGCGAGAAGGACAAGCUGUGGUCGCACCUCCUCGCCUGGAGAAUACGAGGUGCUUUGUGGGCGGCUACCCUUGUUGGUGUUCUGAUGUGGUAUAUCGCGGUGCUUUGGGGUGUUAGACCACCACAGGUUGCAGCUCGGGUUCUUCCCAUACUGCCAUCAUAUUUCUUCUUCUCGUUGCUGUGGACGGUGUGGGAUCCGACCUACUAUUCAUUCCGCAAAGCUCAGUUGCAAGGGAGGGAUGUAAGGCUCCGAGGAAAGCGCCAGUAUAUUUGUCUACAGCUAUUAGCAUGGGGAUGGAGAAUCCUCACAUCCAGCAUGCUGUUGCUCUCAUCGCGUGAUACGACGGAGUCACGCUCACAUUACUUUCACCUCACAUUCGAGAGUCGUUCAUUUUUCAUGUUAUCUGUAAUAUUAGAACUAUCAAUCAUCAUCGGAUCCCUCGCUUUUCUCCGACUCGACCAUCCUCCCCCCAUACGCCUCAUCCAGACCUCCAACCCCCUCUCACGCGCAUCCUCCGUCCUCCUCACCCCCGACGGCAGCUUCGCGACCGCACGCUCGACACCUGCCCCCCUCUCCGCACGCUCGUCACAUCGCAGCCUCGAGCCAGACCUCUCCGUGCUCUCCCUCUCUUCCAAACCGACCAUGGUCCCACCCUCGCACCCCAUCUUCGGGCACGCGUCUCUCGCGCCCGCCGUCGAGUCCGCGAUGGACCAGGAUCCCACUUACAGUCCUGGUAACGCACGGGAGAGCGACGCGAUGGACUGGCAGCCGACGGAUCCGCGAGCACAGGGUACGCACGCGCAACGUUCAAAUGCCGAAGAAGAACAGGGCUCGUGGCUCCGCCCCCAGCGGUUCUUCGCGCCCGAGCAGCCGACCGGGCUCGAGACACUGUUCGCCAGCACCCGUCUCGACGACUCCCCGGGGCAACAAACCAACGCUCCGCGCUCCAUCCUGCGCCGCACGCUCGGCGACAAACGAAGGGUGGCAGGCGCCCUGUCUCUCCUCUUGUCCAUCGUCGUCGCGUUCCUGGCCGGACGCUGGCUCAGACGAUCCGACGGCUCAACAAGUGGUAGUACUAGUACUUAUAGCACUUAG